AUGUCGGAAAGUUCAUCGCAGACCAAAAUCAAAACUAAUUAUAAUCUCCCCAAGCCUACACCAGCUUAUUAUCCACACGAGGGAUCUCCCAUAUAUGCUGAUAAAAAACUAUAUAAGGCCAUUGGAGAAUGCGAAAAAACACUUGUGGAACAGCAUUUAUGCCAACCCCGUAGGGGCAUAGCUGUAAAGAUCCCUGCUAAAUCAGUGUUUAGAAUCACUACUCCAGAAGGUCCGCAGGUUUGUGAUUUGAACAUCUGGAAUAUGCACAAUCCCAGGGAGAGGUUUUGGGCUGCUCGUAGUCGUCAAUUGCACUCAGCGCAUGUAUCUACGUAUGACAGACUUUGGUCCAAUCUUCCAUAUCUUCGUCCAUUGGUUACCAUUACUGGAGAUUCAAUGCUGGAUAGGGGCCAGGAUGAAUGGGGUGGAAGAUUACACGACUUGAACGGAACACGAUGUGACCCUUAUAUCGACCAAUUAAUAAGUGGACAAGAAAAUAAUUUCCACUGUCAUUCGAAUUUACUUCGGGCAGUUUUACCACAUGGAUUGAAUGAAUUUGAUAUCCAUGAUGUCAUAAAUGUAUUCCAAGUGACAGGUUUGAAUGAAUAUGAUCAGUAUUUCAUGGAAGCAUGUCCCGCUAAAGCAGGUGAUUAUUUCGAGUGCUUUGCCGAGCAAGAUUUACUUAUUGCCAUCAGUGCUUGUCCUGGGGGAGAUUUGUCGCAAUGGGGUUGGGGUGAAGACGGCGAAAACUUAGAAGAUCUGAAGAUGGUCGAAUGUUGCAGGCCCUUAGGAAUUGAGGUAUACAAAAUUAACGACGAACAGGUCUUGAAAGAUUGGGUGCCCCCAAAAUUUGUCGAGUACAAAGGCAAUCAUGGCUUACAAAAUCCUGCUUAG